GAAUAGGAUCGGUGUAUAGAUAAUGACAAAUAAUCGAUCGAUCGAGUAUAUAAAGCGAAUCUAAAAUUUGACCAGUUAUAUCUACGGUGACACAGAGUUUGAACAUUUGUAUUGCUUCACGGAUACAAGAUGAAAGCCUUCUUCAUCUUUCUUAUCGCUGUGUUCAUGGUCUACGUAAACUCUGAUCAAAAUCUGAAACCACAGUGCCCUGAAGAUUUAAAUGAGAACAACACGAUGAUCGUACACCCGUGCAACUGUAGCACGUUCUUCGUGUGCACCACGGAUCCACCAAUUCCCAUGGAUUGCCCGGCUGGUCUUCAAUUCGACGAGAAGAAACAAGUUUGCGACUUCAAAUGGCGCGUGAAAUGCAAACCGAGAAAGGAAUGCCCGAAGAACGCAGAUUUAUUGAACGGAUUGUAACGGAUUCACAAUACCUAAGUCGAUAUGUCGAAAUCUUUAAUAAUCGCUCGAUUAACGAUUUAAAUGUUAUGUAAAAUACCAAAUCUAAUCUGUAAUCUGCUUUCGCGUUUUCAUCCAUGAAUCGAGCUAUCUGAAGCGGAAUAAAAGAAAAAUAUUAAAAUAUUAUAUAUCUUCCAAUCUCUAUAAUUGUAUCGAUUAUAUAUAUACGAACGCUUGUUUUAAAUAAAU